AAAAAUUAAAAAUAAAACGAAGAAAAACAGAAGAAACGUACAAGCAAAGAAAAAAAUGAGGUCAUUGAGCAUUAAGCCAACAUCGUUAGAUGCAGCGAGGCAUGCAACAUCUGUAGAAUCAUUCGGGAAUCACCAACUGCCACAAUCUCCGAGGCACUCGCCGGUGCCGUAUUUAUUCGGCGGCCUUGCGGCAAUGUUAGGCCUCAUCGCCUUUGCUUUACUAAUUCUGGCAUGCUCUUACUGGCAGUUGGCAACUUCAGGUGAAGAUUUCGGGGAAGGAAACGGCAGAGGGGUUGAUGAAGAGAAAGAGAGUCGGUCCAUAGAGAAGGCAGCGUACGAAGAGAAGUAUAUUGUUAUAAUGGCCGGAGAUGACUUGCCUACGUAUCUUGCGACGCCUGCUGGGAACAAGUGUGUUUGUAGUCACGAGGGUGAAAUUGUAAAUUUCAAGGAGGGAGAUGCUGCAAAGAGAGAGGAAACCAAACAAAAUGACGAAGCAACGAGUCACUAAGCUUUCAUACAAAAAAAUCUCUUAGUUUUAGUAUUUUAGU